AUGACAUACCCGCAGCUCUCGCCAAGGGUUGGGACGACCAGUCAGGUACCCGAUGAGCUCUUAAUCGAGUUGAACAGUAAGCUGGCGGAGGAAUGCGAAGAGCACCAAGCGUUAACCAAGAAGAUGAUGGACGAUAACCGCAUGGCUGUCCAGUCCCAGUUGGACGAUAUGCGUCGGACGUUCCAGGACAUGUUCGACGACCACCGCAAGAGCACGGAACUCGUGAUCGAGGAGCACCGCAGGACGUCCGAGCAGCGGCUCCGCGAAGUGUCCCAGACGUGUCAGCAGCUGGAUAUCCAGUUGGGGCGGACCAUGGCGGAGGAGAGAGCCGCCGUGCAGGGCGCCCUGCAGGCGGUUGCCCAGGUGCUCCAGCGCGAGCGCGCUGAGAGCCGCGUAGACAUGCAGCACGCCAUGGCCGCGCUCCGGAACGGCCUGCCCAGCGAGGAGCCGCCCUGCUCCAGCAAGACCGCCGAUGGCGAGGCGCUGGCCGUUACCCCGGGGCAGCUGGACGCCGCUUUAGAGGCCCUCCGCAGGGAGCUCCAGCAGCAGCUCUGGGCCUCCUAG